AUGAUGUCUGUUGCACAUUACUCAGUUAGUUUUUUACUCCUCCUCCUUUUCCUCCAUUUCUUCUGUUUUACUCCUCCUCCUUUCCUUUCUUCUCCUCCUCCUUUCCGUCAUAUCUUCCUCCUCUUCCUUUCCUACAUUUCUUUUUUACACCUCCUCCUUUCAUUCCUUUCUUCUUUUUUACUAUUCCUCCUUUCCUUCCUUUCUUUCUUUUACUCCUCCUCUUCCUUUCCUUCCUAUCUUCCUCCUCCUUCUUUCUCCGUUUUUUACACCUCCUCCUUUCAUUCCUUUCUUCUUUUUUAUUCCUCCUCCUUUCCUUCCAUUUUUGCUCCUCCUCAUUUCCUUUUUACUUCUCUUUUCCUUUCUUUCUUCUUUUUUUUACACCUCCUCCUUUCAUUCUCUUCUUUUUACUAUUCCUCCUUUCUUCUUUUUUAUUCCUCCUCCAACUUCCUUUUUUUACUCCUCCUCCUUUUCCUCCAUUUCUUCUGUUUUACUCCUACUCCUUUCCUUCUUUACUCCUCCUCCUUCCCUUCCUUUCUUUUUUUCGCCUACUCCUUUCCUUUCUUUCAUUUUUUUACUCCUCCUCCUCCUUUCCUCUUAUUUUUACACCUCCUACUUUCAUUCCUUUCUUCUUUUUUAUUCCUUCUCCUCUUCCUUUUUUUUACUCCUCCUCCUUUCCUUUCUUCUUUUUUUUAUUCCUCCUCCUUCCUUUACUUUUUUUACUUCUCUUUUCCUUUCUUUCUUUUUUACUCCUCCUCUUCCUUUCCUUCAUAUCUUCCUCCUCUUUUUUUUUUACUCCUCCUCCUUUCCUUCCUUUCUUUUUUUACUUCUCCUCUUUUCAUUUCUUUCUUUUUUUACUAUUCCUCCUUCCCUUCUUUUUUAUUCCUCUUCCUUCCCUUCCUUUUUUACCCCUCCUCCUUUCCUUCUCUUCUUCUUUUUUACUCCUCCUCCUUUCUUCUUUUUUUUUUUACUCCUCCUCCGACAGCCUAG